AUGGAGUCAAAUGAGGUCGAAAUUGAGGACGCUCCGCCUGGAUACAAGUCAUAUGUCUGGCAGUAUUUUGGCUUUCUCAUUAAAAAAGACAAAGACGGCAAUAGAGUAACUGACAAGACUAAGACUGUGUGUAAGCUAUGCCAUGCUGUCAUUCCGUACACCACAUCCAACACAUCAAACAUGAACCACCACCUUCAACGUCACCAUAAAAAUGUGAAGACGGCCCCGGAGAAAACGUGCCUACCGAAGGGAAAGCUGACCAUGAAACAAGCGCUGACACCAACUCUACCUCCGUCAAGUCCGCGUGCAAAACAGAUAACCAGGCUCAUUGGCGAAUUCAUAGCGGACUAUAUGGCUCCAUUUAACAUGGUAGAGAACAGAAAAUUCAUCCAAAUGUUCAAUGUGCUAGAGCCUAAGUUUAAGAUGCCAUGUCGAGGACAUUUUUCAGAGAAGGUAAUCCCGGAAAUUUACAAUGAAACCAAACAAAGCGUGAAAGAGUAUCUAAAAAAUGCCGACUGUGUCGCCCUGACCACUGACAGCUGGACCUCGCGUGCAACACAGAGUUAUGUAACCAUCACGGCAGAAGUCAUCAACGACAAAUGGGUGAGAAAAAGCUUUGUGUUGCAAACUCGUGAGCUGAGUGAAAGUCAUACUGGUGUUAACAUAGCUCACGUGUUGAGAAAUGCACUGAGUGAGUGGGAGCUAACGAGGCCACAAACAACCAUUGCUUGUGUCACAGACAACGCAAGCAACAUGGACAUUGCUGUGAGAGAGAGCGGUCUCCACCCUCACAUCAAGUGCUUAGCGCAUGUUGUGAAUCUGGCCAGUAAGCGAGGCUUGGCUGUAUCCCGCGUCGCGCGCCUUCUUGGUCGUGUGCGAAGAAUAACUACAUUCUUUCACAGGAGCACCACGGCCACCGCCGUCCUGACCAACAAGCAAACCCAGUUAGAGCUGCCUCGGCAUAAACUCAUCACCGAUGUCCAGACCAGGUGGAAUAGCACAUACGAGAUGCUGGCGCGCUACCUGGAGCAACAAGCAGCUGUCUCAGCGGCGCUGAGCUGCCCAGGAAUCCGAAGGAAUGCGAGAGAAAUUGACACUCUGGAUAACACUGAUAUAUCAGAUGUCGAGGACAUAGUGAAACUGCUUAAGCCACUGAAGACAGCCACAACAGUUGUCUGUGAUGAAAAAGAGCCCACUGUUUCACUGAUAAUGCCACUGAAGUUCAUGAUCGAGCAAAGCAUGUCACCAGAGGAAAAUGACACACAGACCAUCGCCAACAUGAAAAGCGCUAUUCUACUCGACAUCUCGGACCGGUACUCUGGUGACUGUAAUGACAUGCUGCAGGAGUGCACUGCGCUUGACCCACGAUUCCGAAGCCUGUCCCAUCUGAAUGAUGAACAACGCGAGUCCGUCUAUGCCCGAAUACGUGAAAAAGCUUCAGCACUUCAUGAGCAGCGCAACCAGACCAGUGAUAUAGAUGAAAGAACCACUAGGGCCAGUGCUUCAACAUCAGGGGCAGCAGCAGAGCAGGCCAGGGUCAUGGUUGAGGCAGCACAGGGAGCAGAGCAGAGCCAGGAAGAGCCAGUGGAAGGAGAAAGGCAGAUGCAGGACGUGACACAGCCUCCCCCACCAAAAAAGACAGCGUUAGAAGAUCUCCUUGGGAGCUCCUACACUACUGUUGUUGAGACAGUGCAGUCCAGCAGAGGGAUUGAAAUGGAGAUACUCUCCUACAGAAAUGGGAUUCCUAUCCCACUCAACAGUAGUCCACUUGAGUGGUGGAAAGUUAAUGCAUAUGCUUACCCCAUACUUGCCCCCCUUGCCAAAGCCUACCUUUGCAUUCCUGCUACAUCAGUGCCCAGUGAGCGUGUCUUUUCCACAGCAGGAGACAUUGUGUCUGCUCAAAGAUCACUGAUAACACCAGAACAUGUUGACAUGUUAGUUUUUUUGAAGAAGAACCAGUCCUGA